CAGAAAAACUUCAACGGCUGGGUGAACCCUGAAGAUCUGGUCCCCAUGCCACAAUGCGUCGCUCAGCAGGAUCAGUCAGCUUGGCUCAAGGCCAUGACAGCGUGUACUCACCUACGUUGCACCUCGCACUUCGGAAUCAUCUGCACACACCGUCAAUGGUUGACAGAGUUGAGCUGCCUCAGCACCGAGUUCUCUCCCAGCGCCAUCAAAGAUUACCUUCCGUACUGUAGCAGAUCUGUACUCGCCAAGGCCCAGCUGUAUCACUGGAUACGUAACGUCACCGGUCGAACGUGGCUUGUGGAUGUUGGCGACGCGAACAGGCUGCAAAACCUCUGGCCAUCUAGCCUGGUUAGAGGAUUCGCAAGCUUUGAUGUGACAUACAAGGCACCAGAAUGUCUAGCAAAGUCGGUUUCUCCAUAUCAGCAUGUAUUGGCAUCUUGUGCCUUCACGGACGCUACACAGCACACGGGCAACGCCAAUCGUCCAUGGGAAUAUAGCAAACCCUUGCAAUCCAUGACCACUCUGAGCUUCGACACCGUCGGCUACGAUCUCACCGGGGGACAUAUCAGACCCGGCCAGUACUUUGACAGAGAUUGCUUCUGCAGCGCCUUCACCAUCGACCCGGAACGAGAACCAUGUUCAUUAUCCGAUCCCCUCGACGUGACCAAGGAGCGGCUAUGGUUAAACGCCACUUGCGGAUCGGCAUCCCUACCUGACAAUUGGACGGCGCAACUCAAGAUGGCUGGGAUCGCAUAUAUUCCCGUCCCAGACUGGCAUUGGCCAACAUGCGUCUCCGAUAUGCCGAGGCAGGUAACGGACCUCACCAAUCAGUGUGCAACCGAUGCCUGCCAGCUCGAUGCUGACGGCUACUGCCAAACCGCACGUACCCUAGACAGAGCCUGCUUCUGCCGCAACAUUGAAUACGACUCUUGCCAAGGCUCCUGUCAAGUUUCCAGGACUCGGAUAGACUAUGUCGAGUGGCUCCACGAUCUUUGUGGCGAUGUUGAGGGCUGGCACGGUCUGCCAGCAAACUGGCGCGAACUGACCGUCCUUCUGCCCCGCGAGAUGAUCCCAUGGCCAUGGACCGUCAAGCCAACAAAUAGCUCAAAGGUCGGUCCUAUCGUGGGACCCGUAUCCGGAGAAGCAGAAGGAAAAUGCCCGCCGAACGAGUGGAAACUGGGAAGCAUUGUCCUCAUCAACGCGGCCACUCUCCUUGCAGCGUUCUUGGGUCAAGGGCGAGGGGAUCGUCUCAACACGGUCGACUCGGUAUCACACUCGCAGCGACUACAUUGGCUGCUUAAGGGAAUCCUCCUCGCUGGUUUACCACUCCUGGCGAACUGGCUUAAUGCACGUAUUGUGCAAAGCACCCCCGGCUAUGGAGCUGUCCCUGUUUUCGAGCUAGUACUCCUGUGGUGCUCACUUCCUCAGCCUAAUCUGUCCGCCAUAUUACCAUCUAGGAUCCGCUGGCAUGGAACGAAACUCUGUUCUUCGACAGCGUCCUCUUUAGUUGCAGGAAUGAUCCUUCAGGUUCUGGCAUCAUAUCACAUGUUUCUGACUGUUGACUUUGCCAGACGACAGGUAUUUGACCUCGGUAGUAUAGCAAACGCGAAAAAGGGACAUCUGGCUUUGCUCAUGUACAUUGGAGCGCUCAUAUGGUUGCUCACCAUUGCUACAUGUUUUAUCGAAGUAAUUCGGCACAUGUACAAAAUCGGUUCA